GGAAAAAAAAAAAAUGUUUGGUAACACCGAAAGCCGAAAGGGGAAAGUCUCCAAAACUAAAAUUGGAAAAAAAAAACUGUAUUGGUCAGCUGAGUUAAAAUUAGCAAAUGUUGAUGAAGACUCGUUCAUAAUCCUGAUUUUCCGGCAAUUUUCAGUCUAAACUCACCUCUGAAGAAGAAAUGACGCACUCAUUCUCUCUAUCCCCCUCCGUUUCUGCACAGGAAUUCGAAGAUGGCGAAACUAGUCGAGACGUUUCCUUGCGUUCCGUCCACAGAGCGAGGCCGGGGCAUUUUGAUCGCCGGCGACCCCAAAUCCGACUCCAUUCUCUACUGCAACGGCAGAUCCGUCUUGAUUCGGAGCCUCCAGCGACCCCAAGACGUCGAAGUGUACGGAGAACACGGCUACGCUGCAACCGUGGCACGCUACUCUCCCAACGGCGAGUGGAUCGCUUCCGCUGAUGUCUCUGGCACGGUUCGGGUUUGGGGAACGCACAACGGGUUCGUGCUUAAGAACGAGUUCAGGGUCCUUGCUGGUCGGAUCGAUGAUCUCCAAUGGUCCUCCGACGGGCUUCGGAUCGUCGCUUCCGGCGAUGGAAAAGGGAAAUCACUUGUUCGAGCCUUCGCAUGGGACUCUGGCAAUACAAUGGGAGAUUUUGAUGGACAUUCUCGUAGAGCUCUGAGUUGUGCCUUCAAACCAACGAGACCUUUUCGAAUCGCCACAUGUGGGGAAGAUUUCUUGGUCAACUUUUACGAUGGGCCACCUUUCAAGUUUCACUCUUCUCACAGGCAAGUUACUUCUCUUGUCAAUGAUACUGAUACGGAGCAUUCCAACUUUGUCAACUGCAUCAGAUAUUCACCUGAUGGUAGUAAAUUCAUCACCGUGAGCUCAGAUAAAAAGGGUACGAUUUACGAUGGCAAAACUGGAGAUAAAAUUGGAGAAUUGGCCUCAGAAGAUGGUCACAAAGGCAGCAUCUACGCUGUUAGCUGGAGCCCCGACGGCCAACGGGUGCUCACUGUCUCUGCUGAUAAGUCUGCCAAGGUUUGGGAGGUGUCUGAAGACGGAAGUGUUGGUUCUGUAAUCAAGACUUUGACCUUUACGGAAUCUGGUGGAGCAGAAGACAUGCUUGUGGGAUGUCUUUGGCAGAACGAUCAUCUCAUCACAGUGUCUCUUGGCGGUACCAUGUCCUUGUUCUCUGCAGAUGAUAUGGAUAAGCCUCCGUUGCUGUUAUCUGGACAUAUAAAGAACGUGACUUCUUUGGCUGUUUUUGGGACAAACCAGAAGACGAUUCUGUCUUGUAGCUAUGACGGUCUUAUAGUCAAAUGGCUACAAGGUGUUGGGUAUAGUUGCAAGCUACAGAUGAAAGAUAACACCAAAAUCAAGAGAUUAGCAGCUACUGAAUCUGGCAUUCUCUUAUCUGGGUUUGAUAACAAGGUCUGGAGAAUUCCUUUUACGGAUAACGAAUUCGGAGCUGCAGAGCAUAUUGAUAUCGGCCAUCAACCUCUGGACAUAAGCAUAGCUGUUGAUUCACCAGAAUACACUGCACUAGUCUCGUUUGAUUCUGGAGUUGUGUUGCUCAAUGGUCUGAACAUUUUGAGCAAGAUGGAUCUCGGUUUUGCUGUGGCAGCUUCUGUGAUCUCACCUGACGGAAAAGAAGCGAUAGUAGGAGGACAAGACGGGAAGUUACACGUGUACUCGGUCUCAGAUGACAACAGCCUCAAAGAAGAAGCCGUGCUUGAGAAACACAGAGGUGCUGUCACAGUGAUACGCUACUCGCCUGAUUUAACAAUGUUUGCCUCUGGUGAUGCCAAUCGCGAAGCUGUUGUCUGGGAUCGCGAGACCAAACAGGUGAAGCUAAACAACAUGUUGUUCCACACGGCUCGUAUAAACUCUUUGGCAUGGUCACCGAACAACACGAUGGUUGCCACUGGGUCCAUUGACACAUGCGUCAUUGUAUAUGAAGUGGACAAGCCAGCUUCGAAUCGCAUAACCGUCAGGAACGCUCACCUUGGUGGAGUUAAUGCAGUCGCCUUCGUCGAUGAGUGCACCGUAGCUAGUUCCGGUGAAGACGCUUCGGUUCGUUUGUGGCUUAUCGAACCUCAAUGACCCAAACCGGACUUCCUAUGAGCUUUUUUUAUAGUACCAUCCUUUAAAAGUUCUAGUUUCUAAAUUUAACAGUGGCUUGUUUGUAUGACUGUAUUUAAGCUAAGUAUCUUAUCAUGGAAUUGCACACGUGUCCAAAAUCUAGCGAAUCUAUAAGGUGAAACUCACA